UUCGGAUGCUUCUAACAUACAUAUGUACCAUUCAAGCAUUCCGUCUCCAUCGACGACAUCUUGCAGCACGGCAUCGUGACUCCCCGCGUUAUCUUAUUCUUGUCCCCGAUCGCUUACGUUUAAGGCAUUACAUCACAUCGCGUCGCAUUCUUCCGAAACUAGGGAUAUACCUAUACAUAUAUGCCACUACAGUCGCAUCCCAAGCUACUCCGCGUCCGUAGACGUUAGCUUCCAUACCUAAGGCAGCAAGUAAAUAUAAAGGUACUAUUUUAAAAUAUAACCUGAACAUAACCCAUUGAGAAUAUUGUUUCGAAAUUUGUAUCUUAUCCAAUAUGGAAACUCAAAUUUUUAUUCCUUUUAGACCAAUCCCAACUCUGAACUCCUAUUUAGGAGCAAUGGCAGAACGCAAUAUGUCCGAAUCUAAAGAGAAGUUCUUUCGGUAUUUCCAAGCUGAAAUAACUGCUAUACAAAGCCAAAUCGAUGAUCUUGCGACUCUAUCCCCUGUUGGCGGCGAGAGGCAGGACUGCAUCGACGUGGUCCUAGCUGGAAUAUCCCGCCUGUCUAACGAGGUUAUGGACGCUGGCGAUUAUAUCCCGGCCUACGACCAACGAACAUAUGCUCAGGCUAUGAAAGCCCUCACAGAUAAACUCAACGAGACGACGGCCAAGUUUGCCCCAAAGUCAAGAUUCCAGUUCAAGUCAAAAUCCUCCAAAGCAGCAUCGGGAGCAGAACCUCGAGCCGAUCCCCGCCAACGUACUUCCUUCAGCAAUGUGGGAUCUAGGCAGUCGCCGGUCUUGGAUGCAGCAAAACGUGAUGCCGCAGGCACCGCUGCUGAAAUAGCGAAGAACUACAACGAAGAGCUUGAACAACAGUCAGGUGUAAGAAAACCUAGUUUCUCUAACGCUAAGAGUAUUUCUAUCUACGACCACUCCGGACUGUACAUUAUGCUGCCCUCGACAGCAUCCAGGGCUACGUCUUCGGGAAGUCUGACGAAUCUCGAGCGAUGCGUCGUGGAUAUGACAGCACCUACGAGCGCAGGAACGCCGUUUGCUGGCCUGGCAUUAAAGAAUAUUAGGGAGAGCUUGAUUAUCGCUGGCCAUGUUGCGGGACCGGUUCAUAUCACUGGAUUGCGGAAUAGUAUAGUUGUGGUGGCUGCACGACAGGUCCGUAUCCACGAGUGUGAGAAUGUUGACGUAUAUCUCCAUUGCUCAAGCCAUCCUAUUAUCGAAGACUGCUCAGGGAUGCGAUUCGCACCUCUACCGGAGCUCUAUGCCACUAAGCUAGAGAUUAAAGGUGAGAGCCAGUGGGACCAGGUUGACGACUUCAAGUGGCUCAAGACCGAACCAUCUCCGAACUGGGCCGUCUUGCCCGAGGAGAAGCGCAUCCCGGAGGACGUGUGGAAGAAUUCUGUGUGUGGAAAUCCUAGCCUCGGCACGGUCGAUAUACUGCGUAGAGCUGGCGUUCUCAGCUCAUGAUCGUCCUAAUUCCUUCCGAAUACACCUUUGAAACUGUCUCCUUGUUCGAGUUUCGAUGUAUAAGCACGGGUCUAGCGUAUGGCGUCGGGUUUUAUUGCGGUCUUUAUCCGGUGUAAUAUUGUAAUACACACAAUUCCCAGGAACAGGUAGUUUUUAUGAAUGAUUAACCCUCGCUGUAUUCCCACGCC